AGCCAUUAAUAUAGAUAGAUACAACGUUGGGUGAUUCAGUCGGCGAUUGGACGCAAAAACUUCAGGGUGAUGGUGAUUUUGUUUGGAGCCAGGAAAAAAUUGCAAUGCGGAUUAUGCACCAAGCUUCCCUGAGGAAAUCAGAUAGUGAGAAAAACGGUAAUUCAGCUACGAGUGACAUGGAGUACGAAAACGCGGAGACGGGCCUCGAUUCGAGCGGCGGCAACCACGAAGAAAAUCAAAAUGGCGAGGACGCCACGGACGUUCAAGAGGGUGCCGAGGCUCCCGACGAUGAGUCCGCAUCGGCAAACGAUGAGGAGGCAAAUGAUGACGACGACGAGGAAGAGGAUGCAUCUGCCCCUGUGGAUGGGGAUACCGAGGAGAGCCCCAAGGAGAAAUCAAGUAAGAAGGCGGCAAAAGCCAAAGGGGCCACCAAGGAGAAAAAGAAGCGCGGCCGAAAGCCAGGAAAGGCGGCCACUAAUGGUGUAAAGAAGACACCCAAGAGGUCCAGCAAAGAGAACAAGGCUCACAAUGAUCAGGAGGAUGAAGAAGAUGAGGAAUAUGAAGUGGAAGAUAUUAUCGACCAUAAGGUCUCCCGCGGGAAGACAACCUAUCGCAUCCGAUGGAAGGGCUGGGGACCCAAAGACGAUACUUGGGAAGCCGAAGAUACCCUCUCUUGUCCCGACAUUGUAGCUCGCUACAAGAAGAAGAUGGAAAAGGAUGAUGGUGGGAAGAAGGGCGGCAAGAAGGGUGUUAAGCGCAAGGGUAUCCCAAUAAAGAUUGCCCCCAAAUCAAAGGAGCGCAAAGUGGACGAUGAGGAGAGUUCGGACAAGGAAUGGGAGGUUGAUCGAAUAAUUGAUAUUCGCUACAAGAAGAAUAAAUCGCGGGAGUUCCUGAUUAGGUGGAAGGGUUGGGGGCAGGCGCACGAUACCUGGGAGCCAGAGAAGCACGUCAACUGUCCGGAUUUGGUGAAGAAAUUGCUUGAGAAGUUGGAGAAUGCAAAGAGCAAAACGCCCAAACAAUUGCGCGAGACGCCCAAGAAAGCGGUGCGCUAUACAUCCAAUGUUAAGUCAAAAGGUGUCCGCACUUCGCGUAGGCACACCAACAAACAGAGGAAGACCUACUACGAUGCGGAAUAAAUUAAAUUAGACAGAUAAGAGAUACAAAAGAAGAAGAAGAAGAAUAAAUAAAAAUCAUGAAAAUAAUGAGAAAGAAGAGAAUUAAAAAAAAAUUACUUUCAGCUCCAAAAUUGCAAAUGAAAUUUUAAUCAUUUCAAUUAAAAAUUACAAAUUAAUUCAUUAAGGAUUUUAAUUUCUUGAAGAAAGAAGAAAAAAUGGAAGUAUGUAAUUUUUAGAUUUUAUUUUAAGCUAAUUCUUAUAUUCGUAAAUAAAAUAAAAUUUUCUUUCCAUGUAGAAGAAGGUAAUUUGCAAAAUAAAGAUGAGAGAUAAAAACAGAAA